AUGGACACCACACAUCCUGGAUACGAAGACUUUACAACACAAUUCUCAACCCUCAUCUCAACAAUGCCACCACCAUUCAUGUACAUAAACGACGCCGACGCCAUCCAAACUACCGUCGCCGUAAUCGACAACGUUCUCAACCACCUUUUAUCGGCACCAGGACCCUCAAAGAUCAGCUACGCACGCGCAGAUGCCAUCGCCUGUUUCUCCGCGCGGCUUCUCUACGAAUCCAUAAUCAACGCUCUAGCAAGCUGGACGCCGCAAUGGGAGGAUGGAGCCGUCAAUUGGGGUGCAGAUAAUGGGGUGAGGUGGAACGACACUUUUGACGGGUUCGUGCAUGGCUUACGCGCCGUUCACGCGUAUUUGGGAAAGGGGAAGAAGAAGGAGGGAGAUGUGAGGCUCGUUGUCGUUGUGGAACGCGCUGAGAGGCUGAUACCGGAGUUGAUGGUGCCACUUACGCGACUUGCUGAGCUGGCCCGAGUUGACCUUUGUGUCGUGUUUGUCUCAGAGGCCCCAUGGGAGACGAUACGACCACCGUUAGGCGCGUCUCCCGACCCGUAUUUCUUUGACAUUCCUCCGCCAACGAAAGAAGACAUAGUUAAGCACUUGAUCUCAAAGUACUCAUCCCACCCACCCCUCAAACCCCUCUACACGCACUUUAUCACUACCCUGUGCGACGUCUGUUACCCGUUCACCCAUGACCCUCAUGAGCUAGCGUACAUCGCAGCCGCGCGAUGGCCGGGGUUUGUCAAGCCAGUGUUGGACGCCAAUAAACGCGACAUGGAUCUGGACGCGGACUCUGACUCUGAAGAGGCCUUCCAACCCCCCUCUGAAGAAACCCGUAUGCGCCUCAGCCGUUUAUUUAACCCCUCCCUUUCUCUAGCCCUUGACGCCCUCUAUCCCCGACUCCAAAACGCCACAGACUGGGCAAAGGCAAAUGAACCACCACCAAACCUCCUCGACCACCCACCAACCAAUUUAAAAACCGUUGUACCGUCGGACGAGAAAGACGCGGGUAUCACCUCCUUACCACGACUAUCUAAAUUCAUACUCCUAGCUUCCUUCCUCGCAUCCACCAACCCUCCAAAAUCCGAUCUGAGGAUAUUCGGAAGGGGGCUGGACGAGAAGAAGAAAAGGAAACGACGCGCGUCAGGUAAACCGACAAAAACGAAAGGAGGGGUGACGAAGGUCGCUCAACGCCUCCUUGGCCCUACCUCGUUCACACUUGACAGAAUGCUCGCUAUACUCGGUGCGCUUCUCGAGGAGAAUGACGUUGAUUCCAGGAUACAAGGGCAUGCUUCCGAGUUUAGUAUACCCGGGGAGGAGACGGAUAUGGAGAUAUCACGCGUUGCUGUGUAUGCAGUGGUAGUGGAGUUGACGAGUAUGCGUCUUUUGACCAGGACAUCGGCUGUUGAUCGGUUGGAUGGUCCGCCGACUUUUAAAGCUGCGGUGGGGUAUGAGAUGGCGCUGUGUUUGGCGAAGGAGUUGGAUGUUAGUCUUGCAGAUUUUUUUUGGGAGGUUAUGUAGUGGCCUCAAAUUGAGAGGUCGCUGCUUUUUUACUGCUGUUUGCCCUUGGUUUCUGAGUCUGUCACGUCGAACACACAUUUGCACAA